AACGCCUCCGUAAAUAUCUUGAAGAUUAAAUUCUUGCUACGGACCGGGUCUGGUCUAUAAUCCCAGAUGCUCCAUUGUUUGAGGCCAACACCAUUAGCAACUGCCCGAAAUCUUCAUCCUCUGUCACCACAUUUACAAGGAACUUCAGAUGAGGGUACACCAGGGUCAAGUGAUCAACUUUCUCCUACAGUCAACCUCAGCAAUGCAUAUAAAUCUGCAGUGCAAACAACUUCCUAUGGAGAGAUACGGUCCAAGUUAUACCCUGACAACUCUGAUCUGCAGGAGGUAGAAUCACAGCAUUUGGAUGGACAGGAAGAAGGGCAAAUUUUAGAAGAUGUCCUAAACCCAAAUCGAGAAUGUGUCCAGGAGGCAUUGGAAUCUGCUAAGAACAGCACCCUCACUCGCCUUAUAUCAUCUUAUUUUGAACAAAGUGAGCAGACCUCACGUUUCUGCCUCCUCCUUCACCAUGGUUUACAGCGUGCACGCUCUCAUUAUACCCCUUUACACAAACUAAUUGCUGUCCUUCCCCUUGACUCUGAUUCUGAAUUCCUUAACCAGUCACAGUGUGACCAAGCUUUUAAAGUAUUCCUUGAAUUCGAUCUCUUAGAUAAUCCCUUCCCCAACCCUGACCUUCAUAACUUCGAUGAAAUGCGCAACUCUUUCUCCCAGCUGAAAAGGCAGCUCGAUUCCUGCCUCCUCAAGUCCCGCUCUAGGAUUCGGCUUGUUCGACGUGCCACUGUUGGCUGUGCCAUUUGUCUGAUUGGGACAGUUGUUGGUGUUACCUUAUCUGCUGUUGCCAUUGCCACCCACGCACUUGUUGCGCUGGUUGCCUGCCCUCUAUGCUCAACAUUCCUUCCCUCAAAUGUCACUAAGAAAGAGCUUGCACAUAUGGCAUUACUUGAUGCUGCUGCGAAGAACACGUAUGUGUUGCUUAAUGACUUAGAUACUAUAGACCGCCUGGUGGCUCGUUUGCAUACUGAAAUCGAAGGGGAUAAGCUUCUCAUUCGUCUUGGAUUGGAGAGGGGUAGUGACAGACAUGCUAUCCAAGAGGUAGCAAAGCAGCUUUACAAGAAUCAUCUGAAUUUCCUGCGCCAGCUCUCCGAUCUCGAGGAACACUUGUGUCUAUGCUUUGCUGCUAUUAAUCGGGCUAGAGCACUUCUCGUCCAAGAAAUCCAUCUUCAUCAAAUUCAUCUGUCCUAACUAAACUUAACAUUGAUCAAUAAGGUUUCUUGGUUAUUUUUGAACUCAUACAUACAUCUACCUAGUCAUGAUUACCUAUUACGUAGAGCAUUUUUCAGACAAUCCUAACUAUUGAGAAAGAAUUUAUAGAAUUACUUGUGCUUCUAGACCUCUAUGGUACUCGAGCACCUAUACUUGUUAUCAUCUCCGAUUUAUGUGCAUCUUCAGUAGCUAUUCAUUAUU